AUGGUUCUUGCUUCACACGAGUUACCUCUCAUUUUACGUCUUUGCAGUGAAGUUAAUCCGAAGACCGUUUUUUCUCAUGCAAGAUCUUUACUUUCUCAACCUGUAAUUCUUUCUCUUAUUCAUCGCCUUUCUUUGGAAUUGAAUAAAUAUCCUGAUUUAAAACUCAGGUGGAUGGAAGAAGCUGUAAUAAAACUUAACCCAAAGGACCAUAUAAUUAGAGAACAUUGCGAAAGACUCUUACCUCUAGUAAAACAGCGUCUCGAUCAAUAUUAUCACAAGAUCGCUACUCAAGACCCUAUGAGUCCUAAUUUGAGAAAUAUCUCGCUUUUAAUUCAUGUGGUUAAAAAGAUUACUUGUCAAAUACCAAAAUUGAUGGAAUCACAAAUAAAUUUAGAAAAAUUUAGUAUGAUAUUUUCAUUUGCAGGAUUUUCUCAAUCAAAUGGAUACGCGUCAAUAUAUUCAGCUCUCACGGGUCGAAAGGAUUCACUCACUCAUGCUGAUUUUCGAAAAAUUUAUUGA